AUGAAACCACCCAGUUGUGUAGACGAUGCUUCAUUUGGUCCUACUGUUCAGGGCUGUCGUGGAGACUUCGAUUUCACCCUCAAAUUUGAAGACAUCGUUCUCUCCAUUCUACCAUCGGUGGUGUUCAUUGCUCUCGCCAUCCCAAGAGCCAUUUUGCUUACUUGCAAGUCAUCUAUAGCGGGCAAUGUAUAUCUGCGGUCGACCAAACUCACAGCAGCAAGCAUAUACUUGAUUCUACGGCUGGUGCUUUUGGUUCUUGCCAUCAGCGAGCCAUCUUCUUUGCCUAACUUGUCCAUCACGGCCAACUCACUGGACCUUGUUGCGGCGAUCAGCAUCUCCAUCCUUACCUUUCUCGAGCAUUCUCGCUCACUACGGCCAUCAAUACUCCUCAGCGCGUUUCUCUCACUGACUAUUCUCUGUGACAUUGCCCGAGUCCGAACUCUUUGGCUGUUAGCCCACACCCAAUUCCAACAUGUCUAUGUGCGGAUCUUCCUUGCCGUAACUGCUUGCAAGGCCUUGCUCCUUGCGUUAGAGUCGUUUUCCAAAAGCGACCACAAGACCCGCAGCCCGGAAGAAACCUCCGGGUUCUAUGGACUGGGCACCUUUGUAUGGCUUGUGCCCCUUGUCAUCUCAGGUUACAGAAAGGUCCUAGAUCUAUCAGACCUCUACACUCUGGACCCAAGCGUGUCGAUUGAAGCCCUACAGAAGACCUUCGCCAAAUACACCCAACGCGCCCUUUUCCGGAAGGACCAACAAAAUGACUUGGCCAAAGCAGCUGCUCGCACAUUAGCAAUCCCCCUCCUACUGCCAGUCAUUCCUCGUCUCGCCCUGGUCGGCUUCACAAUUUGCCAAUCUUUUCUCAUCGAGACGAUACUCGAAUGGCUCACCAAGCCCGAAACCGAUCUGGCAGUCAAAGAGGGAUAUGCGCUUAUCGGGGCGACAGCAUUAGUUUACGUCGGAAUGCCAAUCAUCACAGCUCUCUAUUGGUAUCUCCACGAACGGGCCCUAUUCAUGAUCCGCCCAUGCCUGGUAUCGGCAAUCUACCAAAAGACCACCCAGCAGCCAAUUUCCGCUGGGGACGACAAGGCAGCCGUCACGCUGAUGAGCACUGAUGUCGAGAGGAUCAUGAUGGGUCUUAUGCAGCUGCACGAAUUCUGGGCCAACCCCCUCCAGGUGGCGAUUGUGAGCUGGCUUCUUCAGCGUCAGAUCGGCACCGCCUUUGUGGCGCCGCUCAUUGUUGUCAUCCUCGGCGCCAUUAUGUCGACUCUCGUGAUGCGGUUUGUGGGUCCUAAGCAGAUAGCUUGGAUGCAAGUAAUCCAGAAGCGGGUCGGGCAUACCUCAACCGUGAUUGCUACCAUGAAACACUUGAGAAUUUCUGGACUUACCCAGCCAGUGGAAGAUUUCAUUCGAGGAUCGCGGCGGGACGAACUGCACGCUGGAGGGAAGUUCCGAACCUUUCUUGUGACUUCAGUGGGAAUCGGAUUCAUGCCAGUGCUCCUAAGUCCUAUCUUCGCCUUUGCGUUUAGCUUGGGCAAUUUGAACACCACCGCCAUCUUCACCUCCCUCGCCUACCUUCAGCUUCUGUGCGGGCCAUUCUCUGCCCUCUUCCAAGUCGCUCCCCAGCUGCUUGCGGCCUUUACAUCUCUGUCAAGAAUCCAGAUGUUUCUCGAGGGAGAGUCGAGACACGACUAUCGCCGUCCCCUCAUGUCCGAUGAGCCCUGGAAAGAAAAGGCUGCAGGGGAGAAGUUGUCCCCAGUGGUAAAUAUCACGGCUGGGGGCUUCGGCUGGCAAUCAAACGUGCUGACUUUGAAGAACCUCGAUGUUUCGAUCUCCGCAGGAUUGAAUAUAAUCUAUGGUCCCGUUGCCUGCGGAAAGACUACACUGUGUAAAGCACUGUUAGGAGAGAUUCCGUUCACCGAAGGUGAGGUUCCGUUUCUUCCCAAUGCGAGUAUUCGCGAUGCCAUUCAAGGGUACUCUACCUUCGAUGCCGAAAGAUAUACGAGCGUGGUCGAGGCCACAAUGCUGUCUCGCGAUCUGCAGCUGCUCUUCCAGGGUGAUCAGACCCAAAUUGGCAGCGAUGGAAUCGCACUCAGUGGCGGCCAGAAGCGGCGAAUCGCGCUUGCCAGGGCGUUAUACCUUCAGUGUGACCUGCUGAUCCUGGACGACGUCCUCAGCGGACUAGACGCGACCACUGAGGAGCACAUCCUUCACGCAGUCUUCGGUCCUUCAGGGAUUCUGAGGGAUAGAGGGGCGGUCGCAAUCUUCUGCACCAGUGCCAUUCGACAUCUGUCUGCAGCGGACUAUAUCAUCGCAUUGAGAGAGGAUGGGACAAUCGCAGAGAAGGGAUCACCCCGCGAUCUUCGUACCCUCACUGUGCAAACAGCCGCCGCGAGCGAAAGAGGAACGAUUCCGCGUCCUUCCUCUCCACCAUCUGCACCGACAAACCAAUCUCCCCCCGCAAAUGGUUACAAAGCAGUUAUUCCAAAGAUCAAGAGCGGGGAAUCGAGUCGAGCCAUUGGAGAUGCUGCCGUCUUCUUGUACUACUGCCGCAGCAUUGGCCCUUGGCUGCUCAUCAGCUUCGCCACAUUCGGCGUUCUCUGCGGGUUUCUCUACAACUUUCCCACGAUCUGGAUCGGCUAUUGGAAUACUGAUACCUUCGGCCAAUCAAAGUCCUUUUACUUGGGAAUCUAUGCUUGUCUCCAGUGUCUGGCCCUAGCCACUGUUGUUAGCGAGGCGGCCAUCGGCAUGCUGGCCAUCAUCCGUACCUCGGGAUCGCGUCUGCACGAUGCAUUGCUGCGGACGGUCAUCGCCGCUCCCUGGUCCACCCUAUCCCAGACCGACACAGGGGUCCUCAGUAACCUGUUCUCGCAGGAUAUGACCUUGAUUGACGGGGAGUUAGCUCAGGCGCUGAUUAAUACCUCCCUGCAGGUUUGGAUCGCCAUCGGUGGGGCCGCGGUGAUCGUCGCCGGCUCAUCGCCCUACACCCUGAUCGCCUACCCCUUCGUGCUGGCCAUCAUAUACGCAAUCCAGCGUUUCUAUCUACGCACCUCCCGUCAGCUCCGCCUGCUGGACCUUGAGGCCAAGAGCCCUCUCUACAGCCACCACCUCAAUACCAUCAAGGGUGUUGCCACACUGCGCGCAUUCGGUUGGGUCAACGAGUCAAUCGGCGUGAACAACGCGCUACUCGACGCAUCCCAGCGCCCGGCCUACUUGCUGAGCAUGAUCCAGCGGUGGUUGUCCUUUGUUCUCGACAUGGUAGUGGCUGUUCUAGCCGUGCUCGUCGUAGCCCUGACCACCCAGCUUCGCGACACAAGUGCCGGCUUCACUGGAGCCAGCUUGGUCUCCCUGAUGAGCUUUGGCAAGACCCUGGCCGGCUUGGUCCGCAUGUACACGGCCCUCGAGACUUCCAUCGGUGCUGUAGCCCGGAUCAAAGCAUUCUGCGACAGCGGGGCUGGUGGUGCCGGGCUUGAGGAGAAUCGGCUGGAGGAUGACAGCAGUAAGGACGGCGAUAGUUCAACCCGACUUCCUGCCUCAUGGCCGGAAAACGGCAGCAUUGCAUUCCAGCAUGUCUCUGCGUCGUACAGCAACGAAGCCGCUCCCGACUCGGACACCCUCGCCAUCCGAGACGUAUCAUUCACAAUCGAACCCGGACAGAAAGUUGCAAUCUGCGGUAGAACCGGAAGCGGCAAAUCGACAAUCCUCCUUCUCCUCCUGCGCCUCUUGGACCCAAUCCCCUCACCGCGAACAACCACCAUCACCGCAGCUGUCACCAACGCGGACGAAGACACAGGCCUGACAAUCGACGGCGUACCUCUCCACUCAAUCGACCACGCGACCCUGCGCCAUCGCCUCAUUGCCGUCCCGCAAGACGCCAUCUUCCUCCCCGACGGCACCGCCUCCUUCCGCACGAACCUCCUCGCUCCAUUCGCGAACGAGACCACCGAUCCCGCCGAGUGCCAAACCAUCCUGGAGCGCACGGGUCUCUGGAGCGUGGUCACGGCGCGCGGGGGUCUCGACGCCCCCUUCACAGCCGACGCGCUGAGCCACGGCCAGAAGCAGCUGUGGAGCUUGGCGCGCGCGGUGCUGCGGCGGCGGGUGCGUGCGAAGGGCUUGGCGGAGGAGCAAUGCACUACAGAGCCUUCUGGCGCCGGGUUUCCCUUUGGUAAGGCAAUGUCAAAGGACCCUGCUGUGUCGCUGGGUGAUUGCGAUCACCUCCCUUCUAUGUAUCAAGGUGCUAGCGGAGGGAUAUUGCUGCUCGACGAGAUCGACAGCGGCGUGGACGCAGCGACGCAGCGGGUGAUGCGCGAUCUCAUCUGGAGUGAGUUCGCGGGGUACACGGUGGUGAUGGUGGGGCAUCGGCUGGAGUUCAUGGGAGAGUUCGACCGGGUUCUGGUCAUGGAUGCGGGCCAGCUGGUGGAGGAUGGGGCGCCGGCGGAGUUGGUUGCUCGGCCGCGGGGGUGGUUUAGGGAUCUGUGGAUGGGUGGGACGGCGGAGGCUUGAUGGCGUUGUCUGUGUUUGUCUGCGAGAAGGAGGGCUGGUCGUCUGUAUACUCAC